AUGCAACCUUUAAUCCCGUCGACCACUCCUUUAACCGCGUCCUCGCGCUUUUACAAACUAUGUGCUCAGAUCCUAGUCCCGUCAUUCCGGCGCCAUCAAUCGUCUGCUCGAAGAACACGAUCAAAACUCAAUAUCAAACCUGAUCCUGCUUUCCUACCCUCCAAGACUGAGCAGCAUGACCACAUCAUCCAUAACCCACCUCCGAGCAUGCCAAAUGUCCUCCAUACUCCGAAUGUCUUCCUACCAAAAACCGACCCCAGAAAGAUCCCAAGCCCGCCUCCUUCAAGUCAGGCACCUUCACUGUUCAAGUCUACCGAAAAGCGCUAUCAUGUAACAGAGGCCCAAGCGGAUGAAAUGAGGACCUUGCGGGCACAGGAUCCUACCACAUGGAGCAUCAACAAACUGGCAAAGAAGUACGACUGUUCACACCUGUUUGUCCAGUUUGUCGUGGGGAAACUCGCCCCAGAAGCCAAGAAAAUGCAACAGGAUGUGACAGCUGCCGUCAAGUCUAACUGGAGCAAGUCCAAGAGGAUUGCACGAGAAGACCGAGAGAUCAGAAGGGAGCUCUGGCAAAGGGAUGCAUGA